UUGUAUUUGUGUCCUUUUUAAAGUUUUUAUUCCCAAGUCAACAUAGUAGUCGCAUCCCUCACCCAUUAACAACAGAAUUACAAGUUAGAACGAAGCAGAACAGAAUUACAAGUUCCAUCUAAUUUAAUUAAACUUGGUUCACUGCGCAAUUCUCAAAAGAAAGAAAAACAUGUUGCUGGCAUUGGCAAUGGCAUCAUCAGCUUCCACAAUCAGACUCAGUAGUAGGAGCUUAAUAUUCUCACUCUUCUUCCUCCUCCCACUGUUGAUUUCAAAUGCAAAUGCAAAUGGCGACGCAGGCUCUGCUGUUUCUAUUUGCAUCGUCGGCAGCGGCAUCGGUGGGUCCUCUGUGGCCCACUUCCUCCGCCGCUACUCUCCCCCUAAUCUCAACUUCACCAUUCGGAUCUUCGAGCGAAACGGCGUCGUUGGUGGUCGCAUGGCCACCGUCAACGUCUCCGGCCACACCUUCGAGGCCGGCGCCUCCAUUCUCCACCCGAGGAACUUGCACGCCUUGAACUACACGAAGCUCCUCAACCUCACCAUCAACACCCCUUCCGAUUCCGAGUCCUCUUCUGGUUUUGCAAUUUGGGAUGGCCAUAAGUUUGUAUUCAAGACUCUCAGCUUCAAAUCCAAGCUUCCCUUUGCUCAGAAGAUUGUUUCUCUUGCUAAUUCACUCAUCAUGCUCCUCAGAUAUGGCUUCUCCCUUGUCAGGAUGGAGAGAUUUGUUGAGAGUGCUGUGAAUAACUUCUGCAAGUAUUAUGAAGGCUUUGAGACAAGACCUGUUUUUGAGACAGUGGAUGAGAUGCUUCAAUGGGCUGGUUUGUAUAAUCUCACCACAAGGACUUUGGCUAUGGAAUUGGCUGAUGCUGGCUUGUCUCCCUUAUUGAUACAAGAGCUUGUCACUGUCAUCACAAGAAUCAAUUAUGGCCAAAGUGUCAAUAUGAGUGGACUUGCUGGUGCAGUUUCAUUGGCAGGAUCUGGCGGAGGAUUGUGGUCUAUUAAAGGAGGGAACUGGCAGAUGGCUGCCGGAUUGAUUGAUCAUUCAGAGGUUGACUUGCACCUUCAUGAAGAGAUAGAAUCUAUCUCUUCAAAGGGAGAAUAUUAUGAACUUAAUUCCACCCAGAGAAACAGUUAUACAUGUGAUGUUGCAGUGGUUGCUACACCUUUAGAUGAGUUGAGUGUUCAGUUUACUCCUCCAAUCUCAAUCCCUAAGAGAGAGUUGCAACACACACAUGCAACUUUUGUUAGGGGCCUCUUAAAUCCUGUAUAUUUUGGCCUGAAUUCUGUGGCAGAAAUCCCAGAACUGGUUGGCACAAUUGAGGAUCCUGAUCUUCCAUUCUCAAGUAUCUCAGUUCUGAAGCAACAUAAUGAGAAUGAUUUCACUUACAAGAUAUUCUCUCGUAAAUCAAUGGCGGAUGCAACUCUUGAUAGUAUCUUCAGCGUGCGGACGGAGACAAUUCGAAUAAAUUGGGGUGCAUACCCCCAUUACACUGCUCCUGAAGUGUUUGCACCAUUUAUUUUGGAUGGUCAGCAUUUGUACUAUGUAAAUGCUUUUGAGAAUGCAGCAAGUACAAUGGAGACGAGCGCUACCGCAGCUGAGAAUGUUGCAAGGCUCAUCCUGUCAAGAUUUUUCACCAGUGGACCUAUAAAUUUGGCAAACUUGAGCUCCAGCACCGAUGGAGGGGUUCGCCAUGUAGAUCUGUGAAUUGUGUUUGUGGUCUCUAAUCAUUAGUUACAAUUGUAAUUAAGAUUAGGUAACACAUGUAAAAUGUUGUAAUUCCUUGCAAAAAGCGAACCAACUCAAAGAAUGAACGGUUAUGGAUUGAUUAAUUUGUAAGCUUCCAUUAUAGAAUGUGACUUGAAAUGCCUCUAGAAAUGGCAUUACAUUCACACGUAACAAUUUGUUGAACAGAUUCAGCAUAAGUUAGGCCAAAAUAAUAAGUUUGAACAAUUUGUUGAUACUA